AUGGAUUCGCUGGAACGGCUGAUCAGUUCCGGCAAACCGAUAGCGUUGUCGACGGCGGCGAACAUUGCAGGCAGCUCGUUGCCACGUCGUGCCCUGGUGCACGCCAGCUUAGCCACAGCCGCGGCCGUCGGCAGGAAGGGCAGACACCUGACGGGAACGUUCUGUCUCACCGGCGACACGAUGGAGGGCAUCAUACAGUGUCUGGUGUUCCUCAAGGCGUUUUCGCUCGUAGGCGGGGAAUUCGACAUGGAGCUCAAUUUUGUUAUUCAGGAUGCUCAAAAUAUUCGACACAUGCUAGAACUCCUAGAUCACUGCCCACCAAAUCUACAGGCCGAAAUAUGGAGCGUCUUCAUUGCCAUAUUGAGGAAGAGCGUUAGAAAUCUGCAGGCGUGCACCGACGUAGGAUUAAUAGAGCACGUGCUAAAGCGGCUGCGAAAUGCUGAUGUGCUUGUUGCUGAUCUGCUUAUCGAAAUGCUUGGUGUUCUGGCUAGUUACAGCAUAACUGUGAAGGAAUUAAAACUGCUCUUCGGAGCCAUGAAAGCCAUCAACGGAAAAUGGCCAAGACAUUCGGCCAAACUGCUGAACGUGCUGAGGCAGAUGCCGCAGCGAAGCGGACCGGACGUCUUCUUCAGUUUUCCGGGACGGAAGGGUUCGGCUAUCGUUUUGCCGCCCCUGGCCAAAUGGCCGCACGAGAACGGCUUCACCUUCACCACUUGGUUCAGGCUCGAUCCCAUCAAUUCUGUCAAUAUUGAAAGGGAAAAACCAUACUUGUAUUGCUUCAAAACUAGCAAGGGCGUCGGUUACACGGCUCAUUUUGUCGGCAACUGUCUAGUUUUGACUUCGAUGAAAAUCAAAGGCAAAGGUUUCCAACACUGUGUCAAAUACGAAUUCCAGCCUCGUAAGUGGUACAUGUUAGCUAUCGUCUAUAUUUACAAUCGGUGGACAAAAAGCGAGAUCAAAUGUCUGGUCAACGGACAACUAGCCUCCAGCACCGAAAUGGCGUGGUUUGUGUCCACGAGCGAUCCGUUCGACAAGUGUUACAUCGGUGCGACGCCCGAAUUGGAUGAGGAGCGCGUUUUUUGCGGACAAAUGUCGGCGAUUUAUUUGUUCAGCGAGGCGCUCACCACCCACCAAAUUUGCGCCAUGCAUCGCCUUGGACCUGGGUAUAAGAGUCAAUUUCGGUUUGACAAUGAGUGUAACAUAAAUUUGCCAGACAAUCACAAAAGGGUGAGUGAGUCAAAUGAAACUAAUGAAACUAGCAUGGCCUUGACAGCGAGUGAUGCACGUUCAGUGUUGUACGAUGGCAAGCUGUCCAGCGCGAUCGUCUUCAUGUACAAUCCGGUGGCGACCGACAGCCAGCUGUGCCUUCAGUCGGCGCCCAAGGGGAACAUGUCCUAUUUCGUGCACACGCCGCACGCCCUCAUGUUACAAGACGUAAAAGCAGUGAUAACACAUUCCAUCCAUAGCACGUUAAACUCGAUAGGCGGGAUCCAGGUGCUGUUCCCUCUUUUCUCUCAACUAGAUUUGCCUUACGAAUCUAUCACCUCGUUGGAUUCAAAGAGGGAUCCCUCUCUGUGCUCAAAAUUGUUAGGUUUUAUCUGCGAACUAGUGGAGACGUCUCAAACGGUCCAACAGCAUAUGAUCCAAAACCGCGGCUUUCUCGUAAUAUCGUUCAUGCUCCAGAGAUCCUCCAGAGAUCACCUCACCACCGACGUGCUGGGGUCAUUUCUUAGCCUCACCAAAUACCUAGUCACUUGUCUAAGUGUAAACAGUGAGUUACUUUUGAAACAGCUCCUCGAUCACGUACUCUUCAACCCCGCAUUAUGGAUCUAUACCCCGGCUGUGGUGCAAUCGAAACUCUACUCGUAUCUGGCCACCGAGUUUCUCUCCGAUACCCAAAUCUACUCCAACGUGCGAAGAGUGUCGACGGUACUCCAGACUGUUCACACUUUGAAGUACUACUAUUGGGUGACAAACCCGCGUGCAAAGAGCGGACUUUCUCCAAAGGGUUUAGAUGGACCUCGGCCAGCACAGAAGGACAUUCUGGCAAUUAGGUCGUACAUUUUGCUGUUCCUGAAGCAACUGAUAAUGAUCGGUAAUGGAGUCAAAGAUGAUGAACUUCAAAGCAUCCUCAAUUAUUUGACUACCAUACAUGAGGAUGAAAACCUGCACGAUGUUCUGCAAAUGCUCAUUUCACUGAUGUCCGAACAUCCUAGCUCAAUGGUACCUGCGUUCGAUUCCAAACAAGGUGUGCGUACAAUCUUCAAGUUGUUAGCCUCAGAAAGUCAGCUAAUCAGACUUCAAGCACUGAAACUAUUGGGAUUCUUCUUAAGCAGAAGUACACACAAGAGGAAGUACGACGUGAUGAGCCCACAUAACCUGUACACUUUGCUCGCCGAAAGACUCUUGCUAAACGAAGAAUCACUUUCGUUGCCAACGUAUAAUGUCUUGUACGAAAUUAUGACUGAGCACAUCAGUCAGCAGAUCCUUUACACCAGGCAUCCCGAGCCAGAAUCCCAUUUCCGUUUAGAAAAUCCAAUGAUUUUAAAAGUAGUCGCUACACUGGUCAGACAAUCGAAACAGACAGAGCAGCUCCUGGAAGUUAAAAAACUGUUCUUGUCCGACAUGACGUUGCUGUGUAACAAUAAUAGGGAAAACCGCAGAACCGUGCUCCAGAUGUCCGUAUGGCAGGAAUGGCUCAUCUCCAUGGCGUACAUCCAUCCCAAGAACAGCGAAGAACAAAAAUUAUCCGACAUGGUUUACUCCUUAUUCCGAAUGUUGCUCCAUCACGCAAUCAAAUACGAAUACGGCGGUUGGAGAGUUUGGGUCGAUACUUUGGCAAUUGUUCACUCAAAAGUAUCUUACGAAGAGUUUAAACUUCAAUUUGCUCAAAUGUAUGAACAUUACGACAGGCACAGGGCUGAUAAUAUCACUGAUCCUUUAGUUAGGCAACAACAUCCCAUCAGUACCAUUUCUGGAUGGGAACAACAGAAUGUUGUUAAUGGCUGCAACCAAGAUGAUGAAAGAUGGCACUCUAAUCAUGCCAGUGUCGAGGAAAUCGAACUGAAUGAGAACGACAAAUCGGAGCAGGUUUGCAGUUGCGAUUAUAACUCCACCAUGUCUGAAAGCAGUCCCGUCUCUUACAUUGCGAAACACGAGGACAGUGAGGUAAUAUCGCUAGAUUCAAGAACCAGCGACUUAUAUAGUGACGUAAAGAUUGGCAAGGAAUCGCCUUUUUCACAGGAUUCGCCGCUCAAGUCACAGAUUAACGAAGACAUCAAUGAACAAGAACGCAACAUUGGAGAUUCCCCAGUGUGUAAUGGCAUCCACUUAGACAGCAGCUCUAGCCUGAGCAGCCCCGAGAAGAACGUUGAGGUACAGAAGAUAGAAAUCAUCGACGAAAUUUUGGACGAAAUUGUCACCAACUGCGUGGACAAGGACAACGAGAAAAACGAGAAGAAUGAACAAACCGAUGUUGUUACCAAACUAGCGAAAAAAAUCGAGGAAACGCUUGAAAUUUCCCCUACCAAAGAUGAUGAAACUGCUCAGAGUAUUAAAGUCGAUGCUGAUGUUAUGAGUGAUACUGAUUUUAAGGAAGUCAACAGUCCUGAGAAGGAGGUUGUUAUUGACAGUGAUUUGUCAGAAAGGUAUUUAACACCGACCGAAGAACUUGGGGAGAAAAAGGACUCGGAAGAAAAGGUCGAAGAGACUCAGAAAUCAAAAUCUACCGACCCCGUCACACAAGAAAUGCCAGCAGAACCGAUAGGCGACUCUGCCAUUGACACCGAACCGACUGUCACCGAACAACCCGUGCCCCAAACGGGCGAGGGCGACGCCAGCCAGACUGAAAACACAAGUGAUAUUAAAAAUACAAACGAUGUGCCAAUAAUAAACGAUGAUAUAAGUGCUGUGUCAAAAGUAGAUGUAGUUCCGUCCGAAUCUAGUCUUAUAGGAGAUGAAUCACCCGGCGAUAGCAGUGUCGUUGCCACCGAAGAUAGUAAACGGGAAGAAGCAGCCGAGGUGAAGGAAACGCAAGAUGCGGAGAAAGUCGGUGGACACGACGGUACGGAAGAAGUGCCUUCUACUAGUGCUGCCGAUACCGCCGAAUCCGGUACCGACGCUGCCGCCGACGGCGAGGCGGUCGUCAACGAAAACAAAGAAAACAUUCCGACAAUUUCCGGUAUCUGUGAUCCAGUUAAUUUUAAUUCUAAUGAAAAUGUGCCGGUCGACACGCAUGUCGAUGUUGUUAAAACUGAUAAUGUUAAGGAUAUUAGUCAUACAGAUAAUGACGCAAUCGAUCAUGCCACGGAGGGCAUGAAACGGCGCGUGAGUCUUCCAAACAAUCAUACGACGGAGACGGAGUCGGUCAUAGCGACAGCCGCCGACGACGCCCAAACACAGGGUGAAUUCUUAAACGACAGCAAUAACAUAAACGCGCCACAGUCGCCACAGAAGCGACCACGAAGCGCCUCGACUUCCACUCAAGUCGACGCCGAUUUAUUCGAAGCAAAAUAUGCGAAAAACGGCCAACCAAACCAGAGACCGAUGUUCAGUCCUGGACCAACCAGACCACCAUUCAGGAUACCCGAGUUCAAAUGGUCGUACAUUCACCAGAGAUUGCUUUCCGACGUGCUCUUCUCUCUGGAAACCGACAUCCAAGUGUGGAGGAGCCACUCCACCAAAACUGUAUUGGAUUUCGUCAAUAGCAGCGAGAACGCUAUUUUCGUGGUCAACACGGUGCAUUUAAUUUCUCAACUCGCCGACAAUCUGAUCAUCGCUUGCGGUGGAUUAUUACCUUUGUUAGCUUCAGCCACUUCACCUAAUAGCGAAUUGGAUGUGAUCGAACCAACCCAAGGUAUGCCCAUAGAAGUUGCCGUAAGUUUUCUGCAGAGACUUGUCAACAUGGCUGAUGUGCUCAUCUUCGCCAGUUCCUUGAAUUUUGCUGAGUUGGAAGCAGAGAAAAAUAUGUCUAGUGGUGGUAUUUUGAGACAGUGUUUGAGAUUGGUGUGCACGUGUGCCGUUCGCAACUGCUUGGAGUGCAAGGAGAGGAGCCGACCGCACCACUCAAUCGCACAGGCCACCCACAAUGCAUCUCACAAGGCCUCACACUUGCAGUCGUUCAUACGUGGCGUACACAACUCACCCAAGAACAUCACGGACAACCUAUCGAACCAGUCGUCGCCGGUGAAGGACCCUGAGAAGCUUCUCCAAGACAUGGACGUGAAUCGUCUUCGGGCAGUUAUAUAUAGAGACGUGGUACGAACCUUCAUACAGGAGGAAACAAAACAAGCUCAAUUUCUGUCACUCGCCAUCGUCUACUUCAUCUCUGUGUUGAUGGUAUCCAAGUACAGAGACAUCUUGGAACCUCCUGUGUCAGUGCGCAUGCCCAGUCCGGUACCAGCCGUGAGGAGCAACGGAAACUCACAUCAUUCGGGAAGUCCACAAGAAGGGAGCGCCCGUCCUUUGUUCCCCCAAUGGUCCCACCAUGUCUAUCCUCAAUUCCUGCCGGGUACCCAUCCGAACGCCCAAGUGCAUCACACCUAUGUCCGUCAUAGGCACACCUAUGUCAAACACAACCAUUACAACCUCAAUAAUAAUCAUCACUCCCACUAUCCCCAUUAUAAGAUCGACCAUAGGUACCAUCGGUCGCACGCUAGAAGCGCAGCUUCACGCUCGAUUCACAACCAAACUGUUGAAGAUGGAGACUAUGACGUUAUUACUGCUUAUGUCAUGGAGGAAAACUCCAUGGCCGGUAUGCAGGACGAGCUUCAUUCAGGUCCGCCGUCGAUCAAGGUGAACGCCAGGCAGCAACGGUCCCUGGUUCAUGGUUUUUCUGUAGAUUACUCUUUGGAUGGGAUAAGGCAUGCGAGAGGUUGUGAUAAUGCUCGUGGCAAGAAGAGCAUGGAUUCUAUAGAAGAAAUCAAUUCGGUGAACUCCGGAGAGAUGAACAGCAUCAACAUGGCCAAUGAUAUGAGAAUGGAUGAUAAUAAAAUGAUGGCAGGAGAAGAGAACUGGACUGACAUAAAUCUGAAUGAGGAAGGAGACUUGAAAGAUGACGUGAGGAACAUGCAAAAUAUGUCUCAUAGGCACGACAUAAUGGACGUGGAGGGAAACAUACAACAUCAAAACCACACCCACGAAAGAGGUGACCAACACCGUUCGGAAAUCUCGGUAGUACAAGUGCCCCACAAUUCUGAAAUCCUCCAAUCACAAAUCAAACCUGACGAACUCCACCUGCCCGUCAGCAAUCUAGUAGACCACAUCUCGGUACCGACACCGUCGCGUGAAGCCUCUUUGACCCAAAAACUCGAGAUGGCCCUCGGUUCCGUGUGCCCCCUAUUGAGGGAAAUCAUGGUAGACUUCGCACCCUUCCUCUCCAAAACGCUGGUAGGGUCGCACGGCCAGGAGUUGCUGAUGGAAGGCAAAGGUCUGACGACGUUCAAGAACUCCAACUCCGUGGUUGAGCUGGUGAUGUUGCUGUGCUCGCAAGAGUGGCAGAACAGCCUGCAAAAGCACGCCGGGUUGGCUUUCAUUGAGCUGAUCAACGAGGGACGGUUGCUCUCGCACGCCAUGAAGGACCACAUUGUCAGGGUGGCCAACGAGGCCGAGUUCAUCCUGAACAGGAUGAGAGCCGAUGAUGUGUUGAAACAUGCCGAUUUUGAAUCGCAAUGUGCCGCCAGUCUGUUGGAUCGCAAAGAAGAGGAACGCAUGUGUGACCAUCUUAUAACGGCCGCUAGACGAAGAGACAACGUGAUAGCCAGCAGACUGUUGGAAAAAGUCAGGAACAUCAUGUCCAACAAGCAUGGAGCUUGGGGUUACAUGGAUCCUGCAGCGGCUCAGUUGAAUGAAUUUUGGAAGUUGGAUGCUUGGGAAGAUGACGCCAGAAGGCGAAAACGUUUCGUACACAAUCCUUUAGGUACCACACAUCCUGAAGCUAGUUUAAAGGCUGCUAUUGAACAAGGCGCUCCAGAAGAUGCUAUUUCACAAGCUAGAGAAGAGUUCCACGCUCAUCUUGCAGCAACUAGAGGCCAACAGCAGAUGCCGAAUGACUUAAUGGAUGACAGCGAGCUUCUGACCGACGAUAGAGAAUUAGAUACAGAUUUGACUGGACCAGUCAAUAUUAGCACGAAGGCACAGCUAAUUGCACCAGGACUCGUAGCUCCCGGAAUGGUUUCCAUUACGACAACUGAACUGUACUUUGAGGUGGACGAGGACGACGAGGAAUUCAAGAAAAUUGACACAGAGAUACUGAAAUAUUGCGACAACCUCCACGGAAAAUGGUACUUUUCGGAAGUCCGUGCAAUCUUCUCCAGAAGAUACUUGUUACAAAACAACGCCAUAGAAAUAUUCUUGGCCAGCAGAACAUCCAUUAUGUUCGCCUUCCCGGACCAAAUCACCGUCAAAAAAAUAAUCAAAGCUCUUCCACGUGUCGGCGUCGGCAUAAAAUACGGAAUUCCGCAGACCAGGAGGGCAAGUAUGAUGUCGCCUAGGCAACUGAUGAGGAACUCGAACAUGACGCAGAAAUGGCAGCGGAGGGAGGUCUCCAACUUCGAGUAUCUGAUGUUCCUGAAUACGAUCGCAGGUCGAACAUACAAUGAUCUGAAUCAGUAUCCGGUUUUUCCCUGGGUUCUCACUAACUACGAAUCGAAAGAUUUGGAUCUCAGCCAGCCCAGUAACUACAGGGAUCUCUCUAAACCCAUUGGUGCUCUGAAUCACAGCCGGAAAGCAUACUUUGAAGAAAGAUACUCCACAUGGGAGCACGAAAGCAUUCCCCCAUUCCACUAUGGCACCCACUAUUCUACCUCUUUCUUCGUGUACAACUGGCUCAUCAGACUGGAACCGUUCACAACAAUGUUUUUGGCGUUACAAGGCGGCAAAUUCGACUACCCGAACAGGAUGUUCACUUCAAUCGCAUACUCGUGGAAAAACUGUCAAAGAGACACCUCCGAUGUCAAAGAGCUGAUCCCGGAGUUCUUCUUCUUGCCGGAGAUGUUCGUCAAUUCGAACCGCUACCGUUUGGGCACCAACGAGGACGGUAAAACGAUAGGCGACGUGGAACUGCCUCCGUGGGCCAGUUCUCCGGAGGAAUUCGUCCGGAUCAAUCGUAUGGCGUUGGAAAGCGAGUUCGUGUCUUGUCAGCUGCACCAGUGGAUCGACUUGAUCUUCGGUUACAAGCAACGGGGACCUGAAGCUGUGAGAGCCACCAAUGUUUUCUACUACUUGACCUACGAGGGCAACGUAGAACUGGAGUCGAUUAACGAUAAAAUGAUGCGAGAGGCCAUCGAGAAUCAAAUAAGGAACUUUGGGCAAACCCCGUCGCAACUGUUGAUGGAACCACACCCACCAAGAAGCUCUGCCAUGCACUUGUCUCCAAUGAUGUUCUCGACGAUACCUGACGACGUCUGCAUGACAAUGAAGUUCCUGUCCAACAGUCCGAUAGUGCACAUCUCGGCUAACACGUAUCCACAGCUGCCAAACCCAUCGGUGGUCACCGUUUCGAUGCACCAACAGUUCGCGGUGAAUCGCUGGAAUUCAGCGUACGCCGCAGUCGCCCAAUCGCCAAGUUAUGCGGAUUCUCCACAGAACGUCACUUCGAAUCUACCACUGGCGAUGGACACUGUUUUAUCUCAAACCGGCAACAGCAGUACCCAAAACCAAAUGCUGAGGCGCCACCUGGGCGACAACUUCAGCCAAAACUUGCGCAUCCGCUCCAACUGCUUCGUCACCACCGUCGACAGCAAAUUCCUGAUCGCCUGCGGCUUUUGGGACAACAGCUUCAGGGUGUUCUCCACCGAAACCGCCAAAAUCGUGCAAAUCAUCUUCGGCCACUACGGCGUCGUCACUUGCUUAUCCAGGUCUGAGUGCAACAUAACGUCGGACUGUUACAUCGCAUCUGGAUCUGCGGAUUGCACGGUGCUGCUGUGGCACUGGAACGCCAGAACGCAGACGAUUGUGGGAGAGAGCGAAGUGCCCACGCCGAGGGCAACGCUGACCGGACACGAGCAGCCCGUGUCUAGUGUUGUCAUCUCCGCCGAAUUGGGUCUUGUCGUCUCGGGUUCCAACAAUGGUCCGGUUUUGGUGCACACUACUUUUGGUGACUUGUUGAGAUCGUUGGAGCCUCCCACUGGAUUCCUAUCACCUGAGAACAUUGCUAUGUCCCGUGAGGGUGUCAUAGUGGUGAACUACGAGAAGGGUAACAUUGCCGCCUUCACUAUUAACGGCAAGCGAUUGCGACACGAAUCGCACAAUGACAAUUUACAGUGCCUAUUAUUGAGCCGAGACGGAGAAUAUCUUAUGACAGGCGGAGAUAAAGGAAUCGUCGAGGUCUGGAGGACCUUUAAUUUAGCAUUGCUGUACGCGUUUCCUGCUUGUGAUAGUAGUGUUAGAUCGUUGGCGUUAUCGCAUGAUCAAAAGUUUUUGUUGGCCGGCCUGGCUUUGGGUUCAAUAGUCGUCUUUCACAUUGACUUCAAUCGGUGGCAUCAUGAGUUCCAGCAACGUUACUAGAUUAACUUAAGGAAACUAGUCAGAUAGGGCCGAUUACUUAAAUAUUUUUGCAUUAAACACGGUGGAUAUUUUUAUAGAAAAAAUACAACACAAAAUUCACUAACAUGUUACAUCGGUAUUCAGCGACUUUGUUUAUAUAACAUUUGAUAUUCAUGUGGUUAAUAGCAAAAGUGGUACACGUUAAACGAUGUUUUUAUUUACACUGUGCAAUAGGUUGUUACUUAAUCCAGUUUUAUAGAAUGUACAGGGUGUAGAUAGAUAUAAUGUACUUAAUUAAUUAAUCAUAGUAUCGCAUUAUUGGGUUGUUAUGUAGACUUAUGAUUUGAGGCAGCUAAGUUAUCACCCUGUAAAACUAAUACUGUUAGGAUAGGUAGGAUAAUCUUAUUUAAACAGUUUUACCAUUAUUAUUUGAAUAAAGUUUUUUUUUCAAGAUUUAUUACGCUGGUACUUCAAGAACAAAUUUGUUAAUGACAUAAAUUAUAUACAUCACAGAUAUAGUUUUAUAUUGAAUAUUCAACAAGUCAAUUAAAAACAAUUCUGUUUGUGUUCUUCUCUUUACAGUUUUAAGGUUCUUAAAAUUGACUAUUUGACAAUAUAAUGGCGGUUGUCCAUUUAACAUUUUUUAAAAUUAAAAGCACUUUAAGAGGCAGUGUCAUUUUUUGUAGGAAGAACAUUAAUCAGAUGAUAUUUAAAUCAGAUCUUGAAAUAUUUUAGUUAAAUGUAAGAUUAUUUUUUAGCUAAUUUAAUUGUUGAUUUGAAAUUGUAGGUAAAUUUAACCAUAAUUAGACUCACUUAUUACAUACCUUGUAAUUAGGUUUAGAUUUAUAUAAGAAUUUUUGAUCAAGUUUAAAAAAAUACAUAGUUAUUGUACCUAUAUUUAUUAUAACAUCUGCUUUAUAUAUCAACUGCAUACUUGGUACAGUCAAACCACUAAAAAACCUUUUUACAUUCAUCAAAUUUGAUAUAUUUGUCUUAGAAUUAGAUUUUAUAAGCGUUUCUAGUCAAGUUUAAUUAGUACAAAAAAUUGGUGGACCAACCAUAAAACAGCAUUUAAUUUUAACUGGUGUUUGUUUUAACUCACUUUCAAUACUUCCUUUUGAUUAUUUUCUUUUAACAAGUCAAUUUUAAACAUGUCAUUUACACUGUGCCAUAAAUUACAAAUUUUUGUAUCACUCGUUGACACUUCUCACUUGCCAAAUCUUUUCUAACAAACUUGUAAACUAUGUUGGUAACCAAAUAAAACGUACAUCUAUUACACACAUAGUUUUAUAUAAAAUUAGGACUGCAAUGAUACAAAGAUACAUAUAUCAAAUUUCCAUUUGACUGUAUUAAUCUUAGAAAUUUUAUAUAUAAUAUAGUUUUUGUUGACUAGGGUUUAGGUAUAUUAUAAUCAUAUAAAGUCAAUCUAAACUGCUGGCUUCAACUGCUAAACCUUGUAAGUAAAGCACUUAGAAAGCUUACAGCUUGCACAAUCUAUUCGCCAGCAAAGUUGUUAUAAGCCUUUUUGGCGACAUUUAAUAUAGGCCUAUUACAUUUUUUGUCCAUAAUUACUUAGUAUGAGGCGUUUUACUUUUAAACCGCAACAGAUUAAGAAUAGGUGGAAAAAUCGUUUCAAUUUCUUUCUAAUCGGUUCGUUUCAUGGACAAAAGAGGUAGACUGGCUGCACCAACAUUGUAUGAACAUUAAAAUAUUUUAUCAGAUGGCUGAACGUGUGAUUUUGUAUGUGUAAUAUAGAAUAUUUUGGUGUAUUUACAAUGUUUUUUACACAUUCCCUCCAAUUGUAUUAUAUAGAAAAUCUGUCCAAAAAUCAAACUUAUUGUAUAUAAUAAGUUAAGAAUCUUAAUUAUAACAUUGCAUAUUUGUCAUUGUGUAAUAAAUUUGAUUGUAUUAUUUUAUUACUUAACUUGUACUUAACACUGAAAUUAAUGUUUAGAUGUUUAGCAAUAAUAAUUAAUUUGUAUACACAAUAUAAAUAUAUAAAUAAAUGUGUUUUGUUCA